ACUGACCCGUUAACUCCUGAAGUCGAUACAUACUCUUCUUCUUCUUCCUCUGCUAAAGAUGAAUGUUGAGAGGCUACAAAAGAUGGCCGGUGCCGUCCGCACUGGUGGGAAGGGAAGCAUGAGAAGAAAGAAGAAGGCUGUCCAUAAGACUACCACCACUGACGACAAAAGGCUACAAAGUACCCUCAAAAGAAUAGGAGUAAAUGCUAUACCUGCAAUAGAGGAAGUUAACAUCUUCAAGGAUGAUGUUGUAAUUCAAUUUGUUAACCCCAAAGUUCAAGCAUCAAUUAAUGCUAACACCUGGGUUGUUAGUGGUGCACCACAGACAAAGAAAUUGCAGGAUAUUCUCCCAGGAAUUAUCAAUCAAUUGGGCCCAGAUAACUUGGACAACUUGAGGAAAUUGGCAGAGCAGUUCCAGAAGCAAGGUCCUGCAGCUGGUGAAGAUGCAACCAACACACAAGAGGAGGACGAUGAUGAUGUCCCUGACCUUGUGCCUGGGGAGACCUUUGAAGCUGCUGCAGAGGAGGGUCAAGCUGCUAAAUAGAGUUUUUAGAGAGAUUUUGUGUUGUUUUAUGUAUCUUCCAUAAUUUGGACAAUCAUCUGUUUUUCAAUUCUGGUGUUUUUAAUUAAUCAUCUCCUUGUGACACACUGGAUAGUGUUACUCUGGAUGCUUUUGAUCUGAUCCAACCCUCUCUUUCCCAAAUUUCCUGAAUGUUGUCGCAUCAUCUCCCAUAUAUGAUCUUAUAAAUAUCUAACAUUGUG